UCUGAGAAACACGGAGUAGUUUGUAACCUUUCUUCACUAAUUGAAGUGUAAUUAAACAGUGAUCUAAAACUUUUUUUCACCAUCACACCAAAAAACAAGAGUAUCUUAAGUUUAUCCCCGAGGAGUUGGGAGGAAAAUUUCAAAGACCAACGAUUUCUCUAUAUUCUUUAUCAUGCGGACAUUGGCGUCCCGGAUCAGUGCUCAAAUUUUAAGAAGAAAACUUCCGAGUUUGCAACCCAGCAAGAAAUUUUCCACAUCUAGCUUUGGAAAAGAUGAAAGAUCUAUAGAAGAAGAGGCUGAAAGGAAAAUAGGGUGGCUGUUGAAGCUAAUCUUUGCCGGGACUGCAACUGCCGUAGCUUAUCAGUUUUUUCCAUACUUAGGAGACAAUAUGAUGCAGCAGUCCGUGACACUAUUACAAGUGAAGGAUCCGUUGUUUAAAAGAAUGGGAGCAUCCAGAUUGGCCCGUUUUGCCAUUGAUGAUGAAAGGAGGGUGAGAAUUAUUGAAAUGGGUGGAGCUGAAGAACUGGUGAAGAUGUUGGAGGCUGCUAAAGAUGACCGCACAAGGAAGGAAGCUUUGAAGGCUCUAUUUGCAAUCUCAAAAUCAGAUGAAGCUGCAGCAAGCUUGCGACUGGCGGGGGCAAUAUCAGUAAUCAAGUCCAUCCCAUCUGGUGGUUCUUCCCUGGAAGAGGACGCUGAAGUUGGGAAGUACAAGUCAAAUUUGUUGAAUAGAUUCCACGAACUUAGAUUUGAUGAUGAUUAUGAUGCUAGUUCCUGAGAUAUGUAUGAAUUUCUUAAUUUAUGUAAAUUUCAGUUUACGGCUUUAGUUGUGCAUGAAUGUCUUAAACGAUUUUGGGACGUUCAAUCCACUCAAAUCAUAAGAAUGUUGGUGGCAUGGCGAGCAUUCAUGGGUGUGCGAGUUGGAUUGAUGUCUACUUCACCUUGAAGAGGCACUUCACCUAUGAGGUGUGCAAAUUUCAAGUAUGAACUGCUUAAAUUUUGCUCUGUAAUCAGUUUUAUGGGACACUUGAACUGAUUUUGCCCAUCUCUGAUCACCAUGACACAAGGCAGGGGGCGAGGGGCCCUGGAGUUUCUUUUCGAUUAUGGUUCCUCACAUGGAUGCAUGUAUUCAUUUUUAAAGCAAAACUAACUUUCUCCUUGUUAUAUGAUCGUGGUCGGUGUUCGUAAUGUCUUUAUCUUUACUCUAUAACCUUUGUAAUGUAAUUGAUCAAAACUUAUUGUAAUGUAAUGUAAUUGAACAAAACUUGUUGUAAAAAGACAACCACAUUACCCC